AUGCACAAUUUAUUAAACCGUGCCAACGCCCUUCUGGCGUUCACUCUCUGGGUGAUGGCCGCUGUCACAGCCGCCUGUUUCCUGUCGACGGUCUUCCUCGAUUACAGUGUUCCAACGAAACUCUCCGUCAAGGAUGUCAAAAUUAGAAACGUGGUGGACUACGCGACCGACGAGCAACAAGCCGACUUGGCGACUCUCAACUUCAAUCUCAACGUCGACUUCUCGAAACUUUUCAACUGCACUGGGUUCAUCGCUGUUACCCCGUGCAACUGGAAUGUCAAACAACUCUUCGUCUAUCUUGUCGCCGAAUACAAGACGCCAGUUAAUGAAGUGAACCAAGUCGUGCUGUGGGAUCGAAUCGUCGAACGAUCGGAGCGUGUUGUGAUGGAUGAGAUCGGAAUAAAACCAAAAUACUACUUUUUGGAUGACGGAAGCAAUUUGUUGAAACACGAGAAUGUCACGUUCGUUUUGAGAUACAACGUGAUUCCAAACGCUGGUUACCUCCGUCUCGUCCAAUCGUCGGAUCAAAUUGUCGUCCCGUUCCCAUCCACCUACUCUACUACUAGACGAUCAUAA